CAGUGGGAAGAGUACUUUCAUUCAGUUUCCUAGGCUCAAGGGGCUAGGUAGAGGUAAGAUUUCCUGGCAACCUUAACUCUGUUCAAUGGGAAAUGUGUGGGCAAUAAUUGGUACCAUGUGGGAGGGUCUGACAUUCCUCAUGCUUGGCUGGUUGUGUCCACAAAUAUAAGAAGUAGAUUUCAUGGCCUAAAUGAGCCAGCUAGCUGGAUGGUUUGCCGUGUCAGAACUGGUCAAGUAUUUGCUUUUGUCAUCUACUGCGGAGCGUCAUAUUCUCAAACUAGACUCGCACAAUUUGAGGAUGUCAACAUUUGUGAUGCAGAGCAUGGCUUUUCUGCAGUCUUUCUCUCCAAUUCCAGGGUCCCAGCUUUACGUGAACGGAGACUUGAAAUUACAGCAGAGGCAAUUACUUAGCCAUCGUGGACUAGACACCAGAUACAAUGUAUCUGUGAUCAAUGGCACAAGUCCUUUCGCAUAUGACUAUGAUCUCACUAACAUCAUUGCAGCGUAUCAGGAUAGAAAUGUAACAACAGUUCUUGCAGAUCCCAAUCCUGUUUGGCUGAUAGGAAGAGCAGCAAAUGCACCUUUUAUUAUUAAUGCCACCAUUCGGUAUCCAGUGGAAGUUAUUUUAUAUCAGCCAGGUUUCUGGGAGAUGAUUAAAUUUGCUUGGAUCCAGUAUGUUAGUAUCCUGCUUAUUUUUCUUUGGGUGUUUGACAGGAUAAAAAAAUUUGUGUUCCAGAAUCAGGUGCUGACCACAAUACCUGUAACAUCAGCGUCCUUGACGCCAUUGUACAAAGCACACCAGUCCUGAGCAGAUACUCGGAGUUCUCUUAACAUGCUUGAAGAUGAGGAGCUUGGUGAAUACCUUCUGGAUCGUGUUUGGUUCACGCUAUUACAGUCUACGACUCCUUUUGUAUUCUUUUCUUUGUAUACAGUUGACAUCAGGCUUAUUUGAGAGGACUCCACUGGGAUUAGUGUUUCUCAUGUUUGUUGACCGUUCAAGAGGAAUUGAUUCACUUUUGCAGCAAGAUUGCAUUUCAAAACCCAUGCAGAUUAUGAUGGGACCUGCUUUGCUGAAAAUUCUAUCACCUUUGAUUGAUUAGCUCACUCAGAAUUUGGUUCAAAAUGCACCAUGAAAUAAUGGUGAAUCACAAGGUAAUAAUAGCUAUGUAAACAACUUGUAUUGUCUUUAUUUCCUGAAUAAAUUCACAAAUAAGUCCUGAAAAGUA